AUGAACUUUCACCUUCUUUGCUAUGAGUUGUUGCCGCUGCAAGAUCCUUGCUGCAAAAUAUUUGCUGUAGCCAAUAUUGCUGUUGUGUUCACCACUGUCAGUCGGCGGAAGCAGCCACCGAAGAUUCCAGCUUUGUGGUCGACGAAGGCUCUGUUAUCACCAGAGAGAGUUUCAGGAUCUUUGGAUGGUAGACAUGGCAGUUGCAAUAUCGCUAGAAGUAGUUUACUCAUCAAGAAUGUUGCUGUAUGGUUCACGGUGUCGUCUUCCCUUCCUCAUGGCCAUAGGGAAGGAGAAACCAAAGGCAUAACUUCAAAGGCUGCCAGAAGCUUUCUAGUUCGCACCCAUGGUUCUGGUUCACAUUGGCAGAAAAAAGCUGCAGAUUCACAGGGUAUAGCUGCCAUUGUUGCAGUUCACGUCCGUUAUGUUUGCAGGAUAGUGUCAUCGGGAUCGAAAUCAAGCUGGCCCAAAUGCUCUGCUAGUGACUCUGCUUUCGCGUCCCACAUUCACUUCUUGCGCUCAAUUCCGUAUUGUGAUUCUGCGAUUCUCAUUUUCAGGAAUGUAUGCUGGAGCUACAGGCUUCUCUCUGCAUCGCACUCGCCACAUCUUCCUUCCUAUGGUCUUCAAUCUCCCGAAAAUACAAUUCCAGUUCCAGUGAACUUGUUGCAUCAGGCGAUAAAUGCAUCCUCAACUCCAAGAGCUUUAUUUUUUUCAACCUCACCUAAACCUGAUGGAACGGAGUAUGGAAGUGAAGAAGCUAAAGCUAGUGUUGGGGCUGGAAGUUCUGGGCAGGCUGAAGCUAAAAAACAGACCAAUGGAUCUGGCUUAGAAAGUGAAGUGGAUUUUUCCAGGGACGGAAGAGAGUUUGUUGUGGAGAAUUUUGCAAAGGGUUUGCUAGAUGUGGUGGAUGAUUUGAGAAGGAUGUCAUUUGUUGGAAAUGACAAGUUUUCAAAAAUUGAUGCUUCUAAGGGGUUAGAUGGAGCAGAUUCACUCCUGAAAAAACUUCAUGCAUGUCUUCAAGGAGCUGAGAAGCAAGUUGCUGAGGUGGUUAAAAAAUGUGAUGAAUUUGAUCCUGAAUGUGGGCCUUGUGGUCCAGAUAGAGAUGGUGCCAUACUCGAACUUCAAAAAUUUGCAAAAAGUUUGGUAGACGUGGCAAAUAAUUUGGGAAGGGCUUCUUCGGUUGCAAAGGAUAAGUUUUUGAGUAUUGAUGCAUUUAAGAAGUCUGAGGAAGCUGUACCCAUCCUUAAAACACUUCUAGAAGCUGUUGAAAUUACUGAGAAACAACUUGACGAGGUAUUUGAAAAAAUUGGUUUGGAAAAAAUUAAUUCUAAGCAGGAGCUCUAUAAUCCAGAUAGGCAUGAAGCCAUCAUCCAAUUUCCUGUUAGUUCCCAGCCUCCGGGCACUAUUAUUGCUGUUCUGAAGGCCGGAUAUCUUCUUCAUGGUCGUUUGUUACGUCGAGCUGAAGUCGCCACAACCAGAGAAGUGACUGAUCAGGAUAGAGCUGAUGAUGCCAUGACCCCAGGAAUGAAUGAUGAGGAUGGUGGGUUUGAUAAGGAGGAGUCCGAAUCUCUUGGACAAAGAACUGGAUGAGUGGGAUCUCAUUGUCUUCAUUUUGAACAAAGAUGAAAUAUUUACCAUGUGAAGCAUUAUGAUUGCUUCUCCUCGGGCACUAGUUUUCUCGUUUAGGCACUACUUGUCACUAACGAUAUUAAUAAAUACGUGAAUAUGUCAAGCACAAUUUUUUAGUAAAAUUCACUAUGAGUAUGGCUACGUAUUUUUGUGAGA